AUGGGCCGCUUAAGGAAGAGAUUUAAUGAGAAGGGCCGUCAAAGCGGCAUCCAGAAGAUGCUGAACCUGAAAAAGUCGCGAUUGCAUCGCUCUAUACGAGAGCAAGAUGAUGCGUCUUCAGAAGUUCCUAAAGCCAUUCCUGAGGAACCUCAAACCACCGAUACAAAUGUGGAUGUCAUUACAGAUGAAGAUAAAAAAGAAAAAGAGGAGAGGAAGCGCCAAUUGAAAGAACAAUUGAUGAAAGAAAAUGAAGGCGCUCCCAUGUCUGCGAAAAAGAAAAAGCGGUUGGACAAAUAUAUUGAAAACAAAUUAAAAAAAGAGACCUCUGCUGCUUUAAUGGCGAAAAUCGCCGAGGAAACUGUAGAUGUAUCUUUAUUGUAUAGUACAAAAGACCUAGGAAAACCAAAGACUUCCAGGGAACGGCUACAAAGAUCCUUGUUGGAGGAAAAAAAGGGAUUGCCAAUUUCCGAUCCUUCUAGUCGUCUUUAUACGUCCGUAGAAGUGAACGAAACUCAACCAGAAACUCCGGAUACUAAUCUAGAAGAUAUCUCCCCAAAUAAGAAUAUACCUGGUUCUGCUUUUGGAUUCGGAUUCUCCAAUACUUCUGCUCCCUUGGGGACUACAACUGCUGCACCCAUAAAAGUUCUUCCACCCAAACGCAAAAGAUCACUUCGAUGGGGCAAAACCGAAGAUUUUAGUGACGCUGAUGACUCUGAUGAACAAGAUUAUCUAAGCACAGAUAGUGAAGAAGAAGAAGAAGAAGACGAGGACGAGGAAGCUGAUUCAGGACCCGAUGAGCAAUCAUUAUCAGAAAAAACCUCUACAGAGAACGAUAAAGCUGAAAGUCCUCCUGAUGGAAUUGACAGCAAUCUUAAAAACCAAGCUAGUAAGAAGCAACCAGUAGCUGCCCAGCACCCUGAUCUUCAUAGUGAAGAGUUUGACCUAAACUCGUCAGAAGAAGAACUAAGUGCUGAAGAAAGUGACAAAGAAAGUGGUAACGACGCUACUGAAAGAGCUAACCGUUUUAAAUUUUGGGCUUCUCAACAAGUUCUUCCUGGUGACUCAUUUGAGCAUGAGAAGCAAGAAUCUGUUAUUUCAGCUCAAAACGACGAAAUUCGUCAGCGCAUACGAAAUCCCAAAAAGCUUAAAAAGGCUGAAGAUGAUUCCGAUGUUUUACCUGUAGGUGUUGACGAAGUGAAAGAUCGAAAGACAAAUUAUAGACUUGUUAAUCGUCCCCCCGAAAUUCAGGAAUCCAGACUCGCACUUCCCAUAGUUGCUGAAGAACAAAGCAUUAUGGAACAUGUAUUUGCCAAUGAUGUGGUAAUUGUCUGCGGUGCAACCGGAAGUGGUAAAACGACUCAAGUCCCUCAGUUUUUAUUUGAAGCUGGAUUUGGUUCUCCUGAGUCAGAUACCCCCGGUUUGAUUGCAGUUACACAACCUCGUCGUGUAGCUGCCGUUAGUAUUGCUAAAAGAGUUGCCGAAGAACUUACUGGCUUCUCCUCUAACGUUAGUCACCAAAUUCGGUUUGACAGCACUGUUAAUCCAGAAACGGCUAUCAAAUUCAUGACUGACGGUGUUUUAAUUCGUGAGUUAUCAACUGACUUUUUGUUAACUUCGUACUCGGCUAUUAUCGUAGACGAGGCUCAUGAGCGUAGUGUUAAUACUGAUAUUCUACUUGGCCUUUUAAGUCGUAUUGUGCGUCUCCGGAGAGAAAUGAGCGAGAAUGAUCCUAAUAUAAAGCCUCUCAAAUUGUUGAUCAUGUCUGCCACACUUCGUGUAUCCGAUUUCGCAGAAAACAGACAACUCUUUACUCAACCUCCCCCAAUUUUAAAAAUCGAUGCUAGACAGUAUCCUGUCUCCAUCCAUUUUAACAGAACGACGAAGGUGAACUAUAUAGAAGAUGCAUAUGACAAAGUCUGUAAAAUUCACAAUCGAUUACCAGCCGGUGCUAUUUUGGUAUUUUUGACUGGUCAGCAGGAAGUAGAGCAACUUUGCUCAAUGCUUCGAAAACGAUUCAAUCGCUCUUACAGACCUCAACAUAAACAAAAUGGACGUGUCACUAUCUCUAGAAAAGAAAUGUCACUAGAAAAUGAAGAUAUUCAGUCUGACAGCGAAGACGAAGAGAAAAACAUCUCUCCGAAGUUGGACUCUAUUGAAUUAGACAAAGAAUCUGAGCCAAUGCACGUUUUACCUCUUUACUCUUUGUUGACUACGGAAAAUCAGUUAAAAGUGUUUGAAAAACCACCAGAGGGUCAUAGAAUGUGUAUUGUCGCUACCAACGUCGCUGAAACUUCUAUCACUAUUCCGAACGUCCGUUACGUGGUGGACUGUGGAAAAGCAAAAGAAAGAGUUUACAAUGAACAUACCUCAGUUCAAAAGUUUGAAGUUUGCUGGAUUAGCAAAGCAAAUGCCGAUCAACGUGCUGGCCGUGCAGGCCGUACUGGAGCAGGUCAUUGCUAUCGACUCUAUUCUUCAGCUGUAUACGAUAGAGAAUUCAGCCAGCAUUCUUUGCCAGAAAUCUUACGUGUGCCAGUUGAAAGUAUCGUGCUUCAAAUGAAGAGUAUGAAUAUCGAUAAUGUUGCAAAUUUUCCUUAUCCUACUCCUCCUAGUCGUGCAAACCUUCAAAAAGCGUUGCAACUGCUAUCGGUAUUGGGCGCUACUGACCGUAAAGAUCAACUCACAAAAUUGGGGGAACAAAUGUCUUUGUUUCCACUUUCUCCAAGGUUUUCCAAAAUGUUAAUUAUUGGUCAGCAACUUGGGUGCCUUCCUUAUGUCAUUGCAUUGGUGGCAGCACUUUCUAUCAAUCAGUUAUUUGUAUCGAAGCAAGCGCUUUUAUAUGAUGCUAAUAGAAAGGAAACAGUUUCAGAAGAAACUGAAAUUAUUGAGAAUGAAGAUUUGAAACAACGUGAAGAGCAUAAAAAUAGGUUACGUGGCUUCUACAACGCUCUUUUUAAGUUUCAGGCCAUAGACACGGAUUCUCCUGCCUUGAGAUACCUAAGUGCAGUCUGUGCUUAUGACUAUGCGGCCGAUAAAAUUAGAUUUUGCCGAGAAAAUUAUCUUCGUUCUAAAGCGUUAGAAGAAGUUUUCAGUCUCAGAAAACAAUUAAUCAACCUUCUAAAAAGGUAUAUUGUAGGCACUAAUAAUGAUUUCGCCAAAAUACAAUUGAAGCCUCCGUCUGAUACACAAAUAAAGGCAUUACGGCAGUUUAUAGCUUCUUCCUACAUCGACCAAAUUGCGUUCUACGACCAAGAAAAGAAGGGUUAUGUUACACUAUUUCCAUGUGGAGCUGAAACCGCACGAUUUGUUCCGGACACUCCUCCCAACUUCCAGCCUCAGUUUGCUGUGUAUCAGCAUCUACAUGAAAGUUCUACUGGAAGGGUGUAUAUGGAACCUUUGACAUCCGUCACUGGUCAACAGUUGGCUAGACUGGCAAAAAAUUCUAGUCUAAUAUCUUACUCGAAACCCUUGUCUUAUCCUCCUAUCCGCUACAUAGACGAUGGUAUUAAACGAGAGUGUUAUGUUAUACCAAUUUUGAGUUCACAUACGGGUUCAGGCGGAGCUUCAUGGAAUCUUCCCGCUGAAAGGGUUUUACAAAAACGUAUCAAUGGAAGAUGGGAACUAACUCAAUAA